AUGGCGUUCUUUGGACUGGCGGCAGUGAAUGAUCUUCAACCUGAGAAAAAGGCUGAGAGUACUCUGAGCAAGUUUAAAGACCUUCUCUUCUCUGUCUUUGCCUUUCCAGUGGGCACGUUUGUUGUUCUACUUUUCUGGGCAAUCUUUGCAUAUGAUAGAGAAUUAGUCUACCCAGCUACCAUCGACACCUUCUUCCCUCCGUGGAUGAACCACGCUAUGCACACAUUUGUCCUUCCCAUCUUACUUGGAGAGGUGCUGGUGCAGCCUCACGUCUACCCACAGACUAAACAUGCACUGACGGCAUUAGGAAUCGUGGGCUUGGCUUACUUAUCUUGCUGGGUGAAUGUUUGCAUGAGCCAAACCUUUUUUUUCCUUCCUUUUUUUUUAUUUUAUAUUCUGAACAUGUUCUGCAGGAUUAUAUGGGUGUACAUGUCAGUCGGGAUUUGGGUGUAUCCUCUUCUUGGGCGCUUCAGUGCUGCUGGUCUGGUGGGCUUCUUCUUUUUUAACAUGUCUGUGGUGAUCUUGCUCUACCUGCUCGGGAACGAGCUCAGCAGACGGGUCUGGGAAAAGGACAUGAACAAAAAGACAAGAGAAACAAAUGAAUUGAACCUUUCUCCCACAUGGCCACAUGGUUCUUUUUGAAGUGAAGCUAUGCAAACAA